AUGCGACCGCAGUACUGUUGCAAUACCAACGAAAAAUCUCGGGCUGCAACCCUCGCGCCUGCUGUUAACGAACCACUUGCCGGCAAUGGAAAGACUUUGCCAGAGUGGUGGAACUUCCUCGCGUUCCAACCAGCGCGACACAUCAACCAUGUUUUGCUCUUGACGUCAAAUUCUUUGUUGGGGCAAGAACAGGCUAUAAAGUGUAAGUAUGCUGUUGUGGCAGCAUCGACUACAGACAAUUCCCGUGUCAGCUUUGGUGAGCAGGCGUGGGGGUGGAAGGCUAGCUGUCAGCGGUUUGUCUAUGCUUGUUCAGAUGGGGAGGUUCAUGCUGCUGGUGGUGGCCUUAGAAACACUUUCAUCGAUCAAAACGGCGGAAACACGUACUGUGUAGAAAGAGCUGAUGCUUUGGGGUUUGGACACCAGAUUAAAUUUGUUGUUGACGUCUUGCAGCCUGAUACCAGUACUUGCCGCUUGUGCAAAAAGCAUCAAAAAGCAGUGGAUGAUGAUGACAGCGACGAGGCAAUGUCAGUUCUCUCCUCAGACGACGAUGGUUUCAUGCCAUGGGCAAAAACAAUACACGUGCGAAGGCGGCUGCUGCAAGAACUGCCCGUAGCCUCGGGUCUCUGGUGGUUGAAACGCACAGCACGGCGACGAACCUUGCUGCGCCUUGCAGAGGAGUGCGCUGCCUACGGCCCCCAGUUGCGUCGACGUUGUGCAGAACUGCGUGCAGCAGCUGCAAAGCGUCGACUUGAACUGCUGCGGACUGGGCAAAUGAAGGAGUAUGCUGCAAUGGUCCAAGAGACAAAGGAUCAGCGUUUGCAGGAAGUCCUGGACGAGACGAAGCGAAUCCUUGCUGAGCUGGGUGUCAGCAGCAGCGAGGAAAAGGAUUUCACGGAGAUUUGUUUGGAACAAAUCGUUCUGUUCUCGAUGUUUUCUUUGCCAGUCCCUCUCGGAGAGCGACUGAUGCCUCAUCAAGCAAAUGGACUUCGCUGGUUGGUGAGGCCUGGACCAAGGCCAAAAGGUUUACUGAAUCGCAACAACGAGAUCUCCACGGUUGCCCUCACUGUUUAG